GGAAAAAUCUCACGAAAGUCCGUCACUGCGACUAUCCGAAAAUCGUUCACAUUUUCUCAAUGUAAACGAAACGGUCUUAUUCACGUUUUACAUGAAAUUAAACAACGAGCCUGACUCGUGAUAUUCGAGUUUUACCUAAAAUUUUCAUCACGAGUCAGACUCGUGAAAACAGUGCAAGGGGUUAAGAAUACGAAUUUUUUAAUACUUAAUGUGACACAUGUCAAUAUUGUGUCGGUAUACACGAGAUCGUUUUGAAUGAACAUUUGUGUAUCGAAUUGUAAUUUUAUUAAUGUAUCUGAAUAAUAUCGUUCGAUUGAAGUUGUUAAGAUAGAUAAUAACCACUGACAAUGAACAGACAAUGGAAAAAAUAUCUUUUCUGGUUCGCUCACGAGCACGUUGAUUUUCGUGCGAACGAAAUGAAAUCCAUUCUUAGUAUGUUUAACAUUAAGAUUGAUUGCCAUCCCAAUUGGGAAGAACAUCCUUAUUGGAUUAUUAAUUUACCCUCGGAAACUAUUGCGCAUAAAAUAGCAAGUAGAGCUGUCUGUAUUCGAUUUUGUAUGGAACUAUGGGCAAAUAGUAAAAAAGACGAUGAUUUACACGACAAGCUGAAAUCUUACCCGAUUGCUGAAAUUAAAAAAUAUGCAGGACCACAGAAAUCGUUUAAAGUAAUAGUCGAAACAUUUUGUAAACACUUUUCACAACGUGAAAAAGUGAAUAAAAUUGAAUCUUUCAGUUACUUACCCUUGGAAGGGCCAGUGAAAUUGAAUAAUCCAGAUACAACUUUAUUUUACGUAGAAUUUUAUGGGCUGGAACCAAAUAACAUUCCUGAUACACCUUACGAACACUUUUUUGGACGAUGGAUUACAAGUGGACAACGAGAUUUAAUUCAGAAGUUAUCAUUGAAAAAUAGGAAAUUUAUAGGUAAUACAUCUAUGGAUCCUCAAUUGUCAUUAAUAAUGGCGAAUCAGGCUCAAGUUCAAAAAGGAGAUAUUGUUCUCGAUCCUUUUGUUGGUACUGGAUCUUUACUAAUCGCUGCAUCUCACUUUGGAGGACACACAUUGGGCACGGAUAUAGAUUUUUUAAUGCUUCAUGGACGCACAAGGCCUACGCGAAUAACGCAAAAGAUCAGGGAAAAGGAUGAGAGCGUUGCUGCGAAUAUGAAUCAAUAUGGAAAGAGUUCUUAUUAUAUUGAUAUAGUCGUAUCAGAUUUUUCUGUUCCUUUAUGGCGUUCGGAUAUGUGUGUAGAUGCUAUAAUUACUGAUCCUCCUUACGGUAUAAGAGAAGCAACAGAAAAGAUAGGCACAACUAAAGUAAACCCAGUGAUAGAGGAACAUCAAGCAUCGUCUCACAUACCUUCUAAAAUUGAUUACGGUUUACCUGAGAUCUACAAAGAUCUCUUAAGUUUCUCUGCGAAACAUCUUAAAAUGAACAGGAGACUAGUGUGUUGGUUUCCUCUGUUUAGUUUUACACAAAAUAAUUUCAGAGACCAGUACUCGGAUAACCAAUUACCAACACAUCCGUGUUUGGAACUUAUUGCGAACUCGGAGCAAGUACUUAGCAAUUAUACUAGUCGCAGAUUAUUAACUUAUAGGAAAAUAAAAGAUCCAAAGGAAUCCGACGAAACGAAUUCUACAAAUCUGACUGACUUUCGGGAACAAUAUUUUGCUUUGCGGAGCGAAAGCCGGAAAGAGAAACGAAUCAAAAGAGCGGAAGAGAAAGCGAAAAACAGACAAUUUUGGGAACAGAAUAAUAAAAAUAAUUCACAAAGAUGACUCUGUAAUUAUUUCAU